AUGUCAAUGAAACUAAGACAAGGAUUAUGGAAGUCGGGAACAGCGAGCAUGGCGCGGUGGAAUUCUGUGAGACGCAUAUCUCAGCAUUUGUCGAUUAUCGCUCCCAAUUCCUCUCAGAACUCGCUUAUCACAUUCAGUGUCAGCCUGCUUAAAGUCCCUGCAAACUACGGUUACUAUACCUCGAGAGUCAAUCGUAUGACGAACGAAGACGCGCAUCAAGUAGGGAUUAUGGAUAUAGAUCUCCAGCAGAAAACGGUAUCUACAGAUGGAAUAAAUGCAAACGAGGAGUUGGAGAGGAGAAUCGGACAGCUCGAUGAGCCUGAGUACAAAAAUCGCUUUUUGCAUAAUAAGGUUUUUAGUUUCAGCGUAUUUGACGGCCACGGCGGCAGCGAAGGCAGCACCUAUGUGCGAAAUCAUCUGCUGGAGAAUAUUGAGAAAAUCAACAUCAGCGACGAAAGCAUCAACAAGCUCUUCAAGUUUUACCAGAAGGAGAUUGGAGGGUACUGGAGGCGAUGGGUGCGUCGCAAAAACUUACAUUUGAUCAGCAGUAUGGGGCUAGAAAGUUAUCUGGUAUCGGCCAAAGGUCACUAUACCGUCCACGAUCCAGAGCUGGAGGAGAAGAAAUUAUGGGACCUGCCAGAGUUCAAAGAGAUGGUUUCCGGUGAAGACUUCUUUAAGAUCCGCCUUCUCCUAGGGUUUUUGUACACUGACUACCAAUUCCUUAACUACGAAGACAAGAUCAACGAUGUUAAACAUCAGGAACAUUCGCACCUGUUGAACGCCGGUACCACAGCCACAUCUGCAUUUUUCUACACCAUUGAGAAGGACAAGUCGAAUCUAAACGGCUAUUUUUAUGAGCCAGACGUGCUGAGUCGAUUAGUGAUCGCGCAUGUAGGCGACACGCGGGCUAUCCUUUGCGACAAGGACGGAGUGGCAAGGAGUCUGACACAGGACCACCAUCCUUCCAAUCCCAUUGAGUCGCGCCGACUGACCAGAUAUAGUGCAGGGCUAAUGAUGACCGACUCUUUCGGGGAAGAACGUUUUGCAAAUUAUGCUAACACGCGGUCAUUCGGGGACCUCACGGCUAAAAACGUUGGCAUUACAGCCGAACCGGAGAUCAGAGAAUAUCUGAUUGGCGAUAUGAGGAAAGUUGAGAAGUACAGGCGUGAACACAAGAAUUAUCUAAAGAAAACUAACAUCCUAGAUUUUGGCGGGGACGAGUGCUUCCUCGUGCUUGUGAGCGACGGGGUGACCAACAUGCUCUCCGACCAGGAGGUAGUCGACGUGAUCAUGAGCACGACCAACAACAAGGGAUCGUUGCGGGGCACGCCAAAGGAAGCAGCUCAAGAGGUAGUACAAUUUGUUGAGUGUAUUGGGGGCAUGGACAACGCGACAUGCCUGGUAAUCAAGCUUGGCGGAUGGGGCAAAUGGCCAAUACUCGAUCGAACAGGGCCACUGAGAGAGUCCAAGAUGAUGAAUGGGCGCAGAGAAAGAUGA